AUGCUGGGUCUCACUCACCACGAACGGUUUCUUUGGUUGGAGCUCAACCGCGUCCAGGUAUACUCCGAUCAAUAUCAAGAACUCAAGACAUGGGUUGUAAGCGCUUCUCUCGAUUGCCCCAAGCGCAACGAUAUACGCCGAGCGCGAAAGGCCCACAAGGAAGGGAAACUCCUGGUGGUCAAGCUGGCUUCGUGUAUGAAGUUUCUCAACGAAGUCUAUGACGGAGGCAAGAUCGACCACCUCACGUUCAAGCUGUGGAAGGAGCGGUUCAACGCCGAAAGUGCCGUUGCUGUGGCGUCGAUUGCUAACGACGUCGCCACAUACGGCCUCGAGGUUCUCGAGGGGCCGCCGCCGAAGAAUCACAACUGUCAACCGUCGAACCUGAACUGCGCAGGGUUCUACACUAUCUUCCUGCAGCUGGAGCUCAAAUAUAACGCCAAGGCGACCAGCAGCACGCAGUCAUAUGAGGACACCGAGACGAUCGUCAAGCUCUACGGGAUACGCGCGUGGACAUCCAGGGUUCACCCUUCGGCCGCCUCACUCACGAUUAUCGCUUAG